AUGGCAUCUCCCAACGGCGAAGCCUUCCUCCUCACGGGCGGCGCCCAAGGCCUUGCCAACUACCCGCACGCAAGAAUUGUCCCUGGCAACCCAAAGACCAUCCUCGUCUCAGGAACCUCAUCACGCCGCGCCGACGGCACCUACGCCGGCUGUGUCACGGACGCCGAGGGAAAACACACACUCAACGUCCGGGAGCAGACAGCCGCCGUGCUCAAGAACAUUGACACCAUCCUCAAGGGGGCAACAGAGGGAGCCGCAGGCCUGGAGAGCAUCCUGGACGCUACAGUCUUCCUGACGGACAUGAAGGACUACGGGGGCAUGAAUGAGGAGUGGAACAAGAUCUGGCCCGACAGGACAAAGGCGCCUGCAAGGACAUGUGUCCAGGUCGCGGCGCUGCCGAACGAGAGGCUGAAUGUCGAGAUCAAGUGCACAGCUCUGUAUCCGGAAAAGCAAUGA